GUACAAUCCAGUUGGCCGACUGGCAGACAGAUGUUUGUUCCAUCAUGGCAACAGCUUCCAUCCCAAAGAACCAUUCAACAACCCUUGUUAUCAGAUUCUGAAUCAUGGAGUAGAUCAUUGGUUCUUGAAAGAGCUACUCUUCUGCCUGACCAGCCUGCAAUCAUUCCUGUUGAACUUCAUGAAUCUGCUGUGUAUGAGCAUUUGCGAGAUCGCAGUGCACAUUUAAAUCCUCUGUUACCACAGCAAGCUGCUGCUCUUGCUGCUCCAAAUUUACAGCAGUCUUGGGGUGUAGUAACUGCAAAUUCAAAUUCAUCACACUGUGCAUUGAUACCAACAAGGCAGUCUCAGUCAUCUAGCAAGUUAUUAGGUGGUGCAAUAAAUGUUAAUACAUCUUCAAAACGCCAGACGAAAUUAAGGCCUGGUAAAGAGAAGGACAUAAGUAAUUGCCAACUGUCUCCAGUUAAGAAAAGGGUAAAAGAAAGUUCUCCUCCAAAAUGGGAAAAUUCGCAAAGUCAGCAAAUCGUUCAUAAUUUGCAGUCUUCUCAGACUUGUUGCCCACCUGUAAGUAAUUGGGAGAUUUCUCGAUCAAGUAAAACACAAGAAAGCAGGUCAAAAUUAAUUGUACCAGUGUCUGAGAAAGAACAUCAGCGGCCUACUAUUAUAAUUCACGACACUCCGAGUCCAGUUGUUAGUGUCAUUACAAUUAGCUCAGACUCAGAUGAAGAAGUGGAAUCUUCAAUAUGCUGUGAUAAAAAGAAAUGUAAAGCAUGUGACUCAAAUAAGCUAUCGAAGUCAAGUAGUCUUAAUAUUAGUGCUGCUGAGGUAUCUUCUACCACCAAUUGUGCUAGUGUUUUACCCUUAACUCCAGAAGAUCAGAGUAGCUUGUGUUGUGUGCAACCAUCAUCUAAACAAAAUCGUUAUACCAGCAUUAACCAUGGGACAACUCAACCACAGCGAAAGAAUGUUAUAAGUUGUGUGACCGUGCCUGAUUCCGAUUCUGAAGGUUAUUACAGCCCUCUACAAGCACUUCCUCAUUUCACUUCUACUGUGAUUGGGAAAGUAAUCAAACCUGAACCACAGAAGGAAAAAACAAGUACCCAAGCAACUUCUCAAAAGAAAAGACUUCUGGCAAAAGUCCAAUCCCAAACUGACUCUGAGGAACAAACACAGUAUACUAGACGUAAUUCUCUGAUAGUACCAACAAAACAAGAAAUAAUAGCUGAAGAUGAAUAUAAUGAACAGCCUCAUUCCUCAACAAAUAAUUAUCCAGAGAGCAGUCAUGUGCAAACAAGUGCAUCUCCUGGGCAACUAAUUUCAUUGCCAAGUCGUUAUAUAGCGGCCGGCACUGAGAAAGAUACAUACCAGUAUUAUUCAAAACAACAAGUGCAGAAUCUAGAAGGCGAGAAACUUAUUAAAUGUAGCAGUUCCCCUCUUCGUAACAAAGAGCAGAAAAAUGUGGGAGCAUGCAGUACUCAUGUAAAUAGCAGAGGAACUACUUCUGGGCGUCAUGGUCCAAGUGUAACAUCUGCCCAUCUAUCACCUCUGCAACAUGUUGGUCAACCUUUGUACCUGACAACUCAACCAGAUUUAUACAGAGAUUAUUGCCGGCCUGCUGUGUAUGUUACCUCUAAUCUCUCCCAUCAGACAUAUUUGCCUGCUGCCAGCCAAACACAGAAGUAUGUUUUGACUCCUGGACAAAUUUCAUCUGCUUCUUUUUCUGCGACUCAGCUUCCUGUUCCACCACCUGCACAUCACCAUCACAGUUCCAGUCGAUCUUCCAUCACCACUGCUGUACCAUAUGCAGCAGCUCAUUCUUCAUCGCAUCCAUUACCUGCACACCUUCAGCCAGCAUCUGCAAAUCCAGCUACAGCAGUGUUACCUGCUUCAGCAGUAUCCAUUGCUCCAUUUCCAAGUGCCCAAGCUCUUGCUCCUCCUCCAUAUAGUUAUAGCCUUAAUCCUUUAAGUCCUGCAAAAGCCUCGUACAACUAUCUAUACUAAGUGUUUGGUGAAUUGAGGCACUUUAUCGUGCAAUCUUACAAAAAUAAGUUUUCUAUUAUGAAGCAUGGAUGAGACAGACAUCUUUUUAUACCGUUUCAACAUAAAAGAAAAGCUUAAGUUGUGCUUUGAACAGCUGUGUAAUGUGUGACCAAAAUACAAGCAAACUUGUGAUGCUGUUUGUUAAUGUCUUGUUUUUUUAUUAUUAUUAUUAUUUUGUUUUGCAGAUUACUAUUUCUUUCACAUUUUUCUAGUUUUUAGUUGAGCAUUUCAUGUGCAUUUUUAUGUAGUAACAGCAAUUGAAAUUAGCUUUAAAGUUUAUUUCAAAUUUCAUCUGUGACACUGUGUAAGCAUGUUUCAGAAGUUUGUAAAUAACUUGUAUAUAAAUGAGUGUACUUUUAAACUGUUUGGUCUUCAUUCAAUGUAAAUAUUAUUUAAGGGGCUGCAACUAGAUUUACUUUUUAUUUUUAUAGUGUACAAAAGGGAGUGUUUGUGCAGUGUGAAAUUUUUACAAUUUUGCCAUGUUGAACUUCACAUAUAUGUGAUUUUAAUAUAACUAUCACUUUUACACAAUUGUAGCUAAAUGUAUUUGCUAUGGAUAUGGAAUGUCAUGGUAGUAAAUAUAGACUAAGAGCAUCAAAUGUUUAGUCACUUUUGUAUUUAUCUAUGCCUAUAUCAGAAAUGAAUUUCUGUAGUGUAAGGAUUUUCUUUUCAUGUUAUGGUGGUGAAUUUCAAAUAGCUUAAUGCUUUGAAUUUGUAAAUUGGCAAUUCAUAAACAUACUGAAUGCACUUAGUUUAAAAUAUUAUACUUUAGAAUAAAUUAAACCAAGUUUUUUUUUUUUUUUAUAAAUCUUAAAAUAUUCUAAUGUUUGUUAUUUUUGGGAAGUAAAGUGUUUUAGACUACUCAUUGCUAGGAAUAAUGUUUUAUUUUAUGAGCAAAAAGUUGUUCCUAGUAUCAAGUUGUGUAGCAUUGUUUUUACUUUGGGUCAAGAAAAGAAAGAGGAUUACAGGAAUUUAGCAUGUGAUUAGUGAUUGGCAGGUUUUCAAACGGAGUUGUUUCAUGGACUUCUCAUAAUACAAAGUUACUCGUAAAAAGUACUUAGCACUUUAAAAUAAACCCCUUCACUUUGUACAUUAUGUUGAAUCUUUUUUCCUUUAUUAUGAAUAAUGGAUUUAUAAAAUGAAUUUUCAAGAAGCACCUUGCUCCCCCCUCGGUUUAACAACUCUUUAAAGGUUUUCUGUGUUUACAUUUGCAAUAUUUUCUUCUAAUUAAGAGAGAUAAUUAAGUAUGAGACAUAGGUUUUGGAAAUCACACAGUCUUACUAAUAUCAUAAAUACUUGGUAAUUUCAAGUUUUUCGCAAUAAACUGCGACAUGCUAAAUUUUCUAAUUUGAAGUUUAUUAUACAGAUCCCCCCCCCAAAUUUUAUACUUUGUUUACUUUUUUGAGUCCAUUGUGGUAAUUCAUAGUCACAUUCAUUCUUUUGUUUUAGGCUGUUUUCAAGGCCGUAUCUUUUCUUUUGAGGAGGGAAAUUAUAUAUUAGCAUUCCAGUUGCUGCAGUAUAUACUAGCAUAAAGUGCAAAAAUUUACUUUAAAAGUAAUUUGUAGAAUCUGUAAAUUGGACGUAUAGAAAAAAGAGCAUAAAAUGAAAUGCUAUGGGUAAUAAGGACUAUCUGAAUGAAAAUUCAUGUAGAAAAAUUUGCGUUCAAAUACUCAUUACCUGAUACAUGUAAAAUGAUUUUGAAAAUUCAAAAUCAUGUUUAUAAAUUGUAAUUCAUUUUUUUUUUUUUUUUUUUUUUUUAAAUCUAUGGAUUAUUUUUCUCUGAACCUGUUGUUUUUUAGGAUUUAGAAUGAUUUAUUUUGAUUGUUGAAAGUGUAGCAAUUGUGAAAAAUAUGCGUCUAACUUUACUGUCAGAUUUGUUUUCCAGUUCAGUAGUAGUGUAAUUUUAAUGCUCUUUGAAAUCACCACUAUAUAACAGAGAUAUCGCUGCUACUUAAAGUAUUUCUCUUUGCCUAUUAUCUUUUUUCUUUAUACAAGAAGCUUUUAGUAAAGUACCUGUUAUGUCUUUUUAGGUGCCAAUUUCUUUCUAAACUGAGAUUAAAUAUUAUUCUCAGGACUUACGAAAAUGGACUGAAAAAAGUGCUCAAUAAAUUAAAUUAACACUUCAUACAACUGAGCAUUUGUGGCAUCAGCUGUGUUUGUAAAUUUUUUUAAGGUUAUGUAUAUCUUAAAAGAAUUGCUGGUUUAAAAUUAGUUGGUAAAGUAAUAUUUUUAUGAUAGAUAUAUUAUUAUUGGUUAAAAUGUGUAUUUAUUUAAAAUCACAACCCAAAGAUUCUGUAAUCUGAUUUUGAAGAAGUUUUAUGUUAUUGAAAAGGAAGAAGUGUUCCUUUCAACAGUAUUUAUUUAAAAUGUGCAUUGCUGAUCGUUGCAUGAAUUAUGAUUUUGUAUAAAGUAUUGUUAUAAAUUGAAGUAUUGUUAUAAAUUCCAACUCUUUUUCAACCAGUAAUAUUAAAAAUGUUAUAGAAUGCAGUUUGCAUAAAUACAAUUUAACCUUCUUUAUAAAAUAAUAAAAACUUCAUUAAAAACAUUCCUUAAUCAUUGGAAAUGUAUAGAAAAUGCAUAUUAUUGAUAGUUAUAUCUUAACAAUAUUUUUAUCAUGUGUAAUAAUUAAAAAUUAUGUAAUAGUUCCUAAGUCCAAAAAAAAAAAAAAUCAUACUUUUUCAUUAUUGUAUAAUGCUGCACUAAGGUAUAUUUUGCCACUUUUAUUUUUUAUGUGUGUGCUGUGCAUUUUAUAUAUUUUAUUUCUGUGUAGCAAAUAUAAAAUCCAAUGAUUUAAGUUUCAGAAAGAGUUCAUCAUAUAUGUGUGUGUGUUUCAUACAUAUUUGAAAACAUUGCAUCUACAUUAAACAUAUAAGAUCAUUUAUGAUAAGUUAUAUAAUAUUUAAAUAUUUUAAGAAUUUUUAUCAAAAUACAUGAAAUAAGGCAUGCGUGUAAUGGCAAAGGUAGUAUGUAUUUUUGAAAAGAAAUUUCUGAACUUUUAUGUUAAAGCAGUCUGCGAUCCUAUUUGCGCAUUUUGUGAUUCUGAAGAAGAAAUGGACAGGGACUACUUACUUCGAUGUGGGGCUCUUCGUGGUCUUACAGGACAGUCGAGAUACUGGGAGGCAAGAACACUCUUUAGGCAAUGACUUUGGUCUUUUUGUUCUUAGUUCUAUUGCAACUUCUGUUUUAAGAUUUUAGUUCUUUUUGCCUAGCCAUUGGAAAUAUUAUAUAUAUAUGUAAAUUCAAAAGGUAUUAAAUUUAGCAGUGAAAAGUAAUGCGUGAAAUUGCAUAGCAGGUAUAAAUUAAUGAAAUAUCAUUUAAAAAUAAUUAAUUUUUGAUUUGAUAAUUUCAUUCUGUAUAUCAUUUUGAAGACAGGACUUCUCUCUUUAAAUGUCAGAAGUGCUAAUAUAGUAUCUAUUGGUCAGUUUUUGAAUGUAAAUUAUGAUGUGCAACACUCUUAUGAAGCUGUUUUUGUUAUUGACAUGAAAAAAACGUACAAAAUCAGACGCAAUCUGCUAAUAGAUUUCCAGUGAUAAAUUAUGCUUAUGAACACACACACACAAAUAUAAAAUGAUACAUGUGUUAAUUUUAGUCAUCAGAAAAUUUCAAAAAGUUACUGACUGCAUUUGUAAUUUUGAAUGAAAUGUUUACUUUUGUUUUGUGUUGUACAUUGGAAAUAAUUUUGUGCAGUGUACACUUUGUGAUAUAUAUUGACCCUCCAGUUUGCAUUCAUAAAAAUGGGGGGGGGACUGUUUUAGCAUUGUAAGAAAAUUACAUUGCUUUAAUUCAUUUUUUAAACAUUUUUAAUGCUUUGGUUUUGUCUUCAUUUUAAAUUCAUUUAUUAUUCAUGGAAAUAUUUGAUUAAUUUUUAUAGUGCAUUAGGUAUGUAGCAAGCACAUUGAUUUAGACACGUUUUUUCAUAUUUUUCUUAUUGCAUGUGUGUUAACUUGAUUGUUAUAUAUCUCCAAUAUUGGAUUAUAACUUUUUAUUUUAAUCUUGUAAUAAUUAAUACCAACUGUUACCACAUGUGAUGUGUUGGUAUAGUGAUAUUAAGGUGUUAGCUUUACUAGUCUUAUAAAUAAUCUGUUAUACUGUUUAAUGGAUUUAUAUCAGUGUAGAGGAUAGAUUUAUAUUUAUUGUGUAUCACAUAAAUAUUAGACAUGCCUUUAUGCAUUUAGUGCAUUGGGCAUUGUUAGAUUUUGCCUUGGGAUUUUAUACUGUGAGUGCAUAUUAUUAUUCAAAUGAAAAAUGAACUUAAUGUGAUUCAACAUAUAUAAUUAUAUAUAUAUGCAAAUACAUGUAUACAUACAUAAAUAAAUAUGUAUGUAUGUAUGUAUGUAAAAACUGUGGUAUGUUAUUCAAUAUGUUGGUGUUAAAGGCAUCAAUUUUAGUUAGGUGUACCACUAGAAUUCCACAGAUAUAUAUAAAUAUGCUUAUUAUUAGUAUGUUACUGUUUCUGGCACUUGCUACUGUUCUAAAUACAUGCAUUCUUUCUAACUGGCAUAUUAUUUAUCAGUUAGUUUAUCUUAGAGGUAUUCAUAUUUAUUAGUGUUUAUGUGAGGCUAUAGCAUGUGUAACUUAAUUCCUCAAUGAAGUUUUUCUCUAAGUGUUAUAACUCUGUAGUUUGAAUUUUCAUGUAUUUGGAGUAUAUUUUAAGGGGGAAAAUUAGAUUUUUUGUAUAACGUUGUGCAUUGAGAUAACAUCUCAGUUUGACAUAUUUACUUCAGUGUUUAAUAGCUUCUCAGGGUAUAAUAUAUUGCAUUAAUAGUUUGUGUUGACCUAUUAGUCAGCUGUAAAAAUAGUAGUAUUUUUUCAUGUCUGUAGAAAUAAUCGUUCAUGCAUUGAUAGGAUCCUUAUAGCCAAGUACUGUUGCCUUCGAGUUCUGUAAUGGAAUAAUUUAAUUAAAUUUCAGCUGAUUUGUUUUCAUUAUUAAUCUUUUACUGUAGGUUAAAGUAAUGAAGUACAGUAUAUUUAUGACCUCCUUUAAAUGGAAUUGAAAUUUAAUAGGUUAUCAUUAAGAGUAUUAGUAAUGUAUAAAUGUACCAUGUAUUUACUGACUAUAGGAAAUCAUUAUUAAUGUCAUGAUGUUACCUGGAUUCUGGCCUAAUGAAUAAACACUUAAAUACUAAAACAUAAAAUUUCCCCCAUAAAAAUAAUAUGUCUUUAAAAUUUUGAUGGUUGCAGUUUGUACGUCCACGUAGUAGCUUCCUAAAAUGCAACAAAGGAAUUUUUUCUCUUAACAUUUAUUUUUUAAUAAGUAAUGAUUGAUGGUGGCUUAAUUAUAAGUGGUAUAAGUCUUUAAAAAAGUUACUACAGUUUAUUUGCAUAUUUCAUUAACUGUGCACAAAUUUUUGUAAUACAUUUUAUUCAGAUGGCAUUUUGAAAAGAUUUAAUAAUUAAAUUUGUUUGUAUAUAUUUUUACAUAACUAAUUUACACUAGAAUAUAUUGCUUUAAAAUGAAUUCCAAGCCAGAGUAAAUGCCUAAACAUUCACAGUUGAACCAAGUACUGUUGUAAAUAUUCACCAUUUCUUAUCAGAUACAUCCAGUGACCAUAUAUGUCAAAAAUUUUAAAGAUGUUUCAUUUUGAAUCAUCUUUGUGUAGAGUUACUUUGAUUCUGCAUUAACAUCUUUGUUUUCUGCAGUGUCUAGUUGUGAAUCUAAUAAACUAAAAAUGUUUAUUAUGUUAUAAUUUUUCUUUUCCUCUUUUAAAAUAUUUUCUCAAUAUAAUCAGAAUAUAUUUGUGAAAAAUGUAAAGAUAAAGUAAGAUUUGUUUUAAUAGUAGAAUGUUAAAGGUUUUAUUUUAAGUAGGAGUUUAUAAUUGGAAAUUGCCUUUGAAUUGGAAUAAUGUCAGUUUCUAGUUCUAAAAUCUAUUCAAAAGAAAUUGAGCCCUUAUCAGUCUGAUUCAGAAAUCUUUAUGAAAAUUGAUUCCGUUUUUGGUGAAAAUUCUGUUUGAUGAACCUCCUUGUAUAUGCUUAACCUUCCAGCACGCGCGUGUCAUAUUUUUUACGACAUCCGUUAUUUUACCAUUUGGGGCACGAAAAACGACAGAAGUGAGUGAAUAUUGAUAAUAAAUUCGUUAAGAAAUAAAAUAUUAAUCUUAUUAUUGCAAAAUACAAAUGAUAUUGCAUUCAAAUAUAAGUAAAAGUUCUAAUGUUAGUGAGAUGGAAAUGCAAAACUGAAUUUGUCGUAAAUUUUGCGUAUACGCGCGUGUUGGAAGGUUAAAUAUGAAAAAUUGAGGACAGAAAGGGAAGAAUACCACUCCUAGUAAACUUUAUGCAGUUAAACAGUUCAUUUAAAAAUUAUGUACAAGGAAAAGAACUAAAACUCUAUCAUCAACUUAUUUCACUUCAUUAUCAAAAACUUUUAAAUAUAUAGAACAGUUGUCAGGCCAUUUGAUAACCAAUAAUCCAUUAAAUAGGAUUGAUUUAUGAUUGUGUAAUUUACCAGUUAGCAGAUUUAUAUAUUUUAUGAGUAAUUUCAAUAUUUGAAAAGAAGUAAGUUGUUACAAUACUUAUUCUAUUGAAAUAUUUCAUAUUAUUACAUUUUUAUGUAAAUGUGUAGUGUAAAUAUAAAGAAAUGAUGAAGUAAUGCAAUAUAAAAUUUGAUAGUCUGGCCAGUUGUAACAUUCAAAAAUAUUUUUAAAAUUUUAAAUUUCCGUUCUCAAAUGAGCAUUUUAGACCUUAAUAUUAAUCUCAAUUCCAUGUAGUAAGUAGUUGAUGGUAAAUGUGAAAACAUAACAAUAGGUAUGAAUAAUUUAAUUGAUCAAACAACCAUGUGCACAUAUGUACUGUGUUAAUCACAAUUAAAUUUCGGCUUUAUAGCCAGCCCUUAAAUAGAGUAUACUGUACAAAUGAUAGAUUUGAUGAGUAAUUUACCGUGGUGUGUACUUUUUCAAAUAUGAUUUAUCUUCCUAUUCUUUUCCAUUGUGAGUGUUGUCUAUAUGUUUAAUUAAUGUUCUGGAUGUAGGGUUAUUUUAAUACCUCAUUUGCAGUUCUUUGAAGUAAGUGCUGUUGUUUAAAAGGAUUAUGUGCGUGAAUCUGAAAGUUUAAUCUUAUAUAGAAUGAUUUAGAUAUUUGACUUUAUGUGUGUGUCUUUAUUUUUUAAAUCUGUCUCAUUGAUUGUUUUAUUGCUGUUUUAAAGCAGGCUUGCGGUGAAUAUCAUUAUGUUCAUUUUUUUGUGAUGUAACUUUGUAUUUAUAUAUGCAUAUAUUGAAUGUCCAUGUAGGAUAGUUGUAAAUUCUUUUUCAUAAACUUAUGCAAAUUUUUAAAUCAAAGUGUAUUAUAUUAGGAAAGUGAGUUUUUUUUUUUAAAGUAUCUUGCCAUUUUCUAAUAAUUUCCAAAUUUCUUCCUAUUUCCUAAAUGCAUACUUAGUGCCUGUAUUAAAAAAUAUAUUGCACCUGGAAUUUUUCACAAAUGCUUUUGCUGUCUUUUUAAUGUAAGAUUGUGCAAUAUAUCUUCUGAGCAGGCAUAAUUCAUAUCUAAUUACAUCACUGUUAAAUAUUUUGGCAGGGAUCACUUGACAGAGUUUGGCUGAGAAUUCAUAUAAGCAAAAUUUGCAUUUCUACACAAGAUUUAACUAGUUAGUAGCUGUAUUUUUUCAAACCAGAAAGUCCUAAGCAUACCUUAAUUCCCUUAGAACUAAAGUCUUUUAACUUUUCUGAAAACAAUAUCAAUAUGUGAAGUAUAUAUCUCAUUUAUAAUUAAUUUCUUCCUAAUAUUCUAUUAUAGUUAUAUCUUAUUAAAAAUAAUUUAAUUUGAAUGGAAUUUUUUGGUAGUUUGUGGCACUAGCCUAUUACAUAUAUUUAAACCAAAUUAAAUAUUCCACAGUUUUUUUAAAUUUAUUCAGAGUGUGUAUUAAGUUUUUGAUUUUCUUAUUAUCAAUAACUAAAUCUCUUCGCAAACUGGAAAAACAGAAGCAACUUAUAAAUUUGUUUUAUAGUGAAAAAGCAUAUAAUACAUAUAAACUAUGGAUAUUUUUAUAAUUUCUAAAAAUAAUUUAAAAAUAUAUAUAUAUAUAUAUUAAAAUGGACUAUAGUUAAAGCUUAGAUUUUUCUUUAAAAGCUGAUAACUUUGUUUUUAAGAUUUCAUGAAAUGUAUUUUAUUUAUUAAAUUAGAAUAAAAUAUAACAGUUCAACAGAAACUCUGUCGGAUGUGAAUCGUAUUUAAAAAAUUGACUUGUAUGUCAUCACCUCUAGUAGAAAAAACAAAAUUGACAUCGUUUCACUUAAGUAAAGUUAGGCAUAUAAAAUUAUUUUCAAGUAUUUUUAAUAUUUUAGCAUUGCAUUUAAUUAACGAAAAAAAAUCUUUUGUUAAGGUACAUUAAAAAGAAACUCUGCAACCAUGGAAAAGUUUGUUUACAUAAAUAAAUUUUAAACCACCAUUGUCUCUAUGCAUUCUCAACCUAUAUUAACGAAAAAUAUGUCUUACCAUUGUCCCUUUUUUAUAGUAUGUAAUUGUACAGAAUUUGACUUAGUGUUGUAUUUAAAAAUGUAUAUUAGACUACUUUUCCCAGUGUAAUAUCAUAUUAAUUUUUGCUAUUUUUAUUUAAAAAAUGUUGUAAACUAUGCAAUUUUGUUCACAUUAAAAUAUUAAUUUCUAUGCAAUUGUAUUAGUUUAAGCCUUAUUUCGUGUUUUACGAAUGCAGUGCUAAGCAUUGUGAAUUUUAAGCAUGUCAAUAACAUAUCUAUUUAUGCAAUUUUUUUAAUUCUAUAAACAACUUAUUUGAAAAAUACUACUUUUGAUCAGUUAAAAGUAUAUGGUCUUUGCUGAUAUAAUAUUGUCAUCUAGUUAAUUGCCAUAAUGCUUUCCAUUACUUUGGCAUGAUUUGCAUUUCUGCAACAGUUUAUAAUGUUCAAACAAUGCAUAUUAUUUAUUUAAUUUGAUUUUUUUAAAGAUAUUUAAUGUAGUAAAAUUUUGUUUUAAAAAAAUUGUAAAUCUUUGCAAAGUAUGGUUUUAAAUUUCUUGAUUCCUAUUCUUUAAACUUAGUUGCUUUUUAAACGAAGAAAUUCAUUUAAUAAAGGGAAAUGAUUUGCAUGAUUAGAUCUUUUUUCUUUGUUGUAAAAUUUUUAUUUCAUUUUUCUUUGCUUAAGGUUUUGCAAUCUGUUACUGUAAAAUGGCAGAUUAUGAAGAUAGUCUUAAGAAUUCAGAAGAAAAUUUUAUUUGCUGUUUGUAUACCACUUUGUUCUCAUCUUUCUCGUUAAAAUUGUACUAUAUAGCUUCUUAACAAAGUACUUUUUUAGUGCUUUGAUAUUUAAGGUUAAAUUAUAUAAACUAAAAAAAAAAAAAAAAAAAAUGAAGAAAAAGAAUUAAGGAGAAACUUUGUAAAUAGCUCAGAGUAAUUUUUCACUUAAAAGUCUAUACAAAGAAUUUGUGAGCUUAUAUAUGUGUGUGAAAGCUAAUAUGUAAAUUAGUUCUCAAUUUUAAAGUAUCUCAAAUGAUUUUGUGUGGUUUUUAUGCAUUGACUAUAAUAAAUGAUACAAUUGCUUUGUGUGUA